CGGUUACGCGUACAUCGCUACGCACGGUGCCCCGGUAAUCAUCAUAAUUAAUGCGUUGCGUCUAUUAAGCCAGCCGGCGUACAAAUUGGCCGCAAAAUCGAUAUUUAUGCACGCGCACGGAAGCUGCGUCCAACAGUUACAUCGAGUUGAAAAUUAAAUGACCUUUUCGGAUGCCGAUAGCGGAUCGCGUGCCAGAUUUAAUUAGCGACCAAUUUCGGAGCGAAAAGUCAACGCAGCGGCACCGAGCAAAUUCUUGUUCGUUCCUCGUGGAGUUUCCUCACAUUUUCAAGGUGGGAGAUAUACCCAGGUGUACGAUUUCGUUGCCAGGGCGACGCGUCGCGACAACACGCGCGAGAACGCUACUUGGCUCCGUUCAAACUUGACCCGUCGACCGAGAAGAGAAGUUUCAUCAUGAGGGAGAACACCAAGUUCAUCGUCGCGGAAGUGAACAAGUUGUUGAAUCGAAAUUACAACGCGAUCUAUUUCAAUUCCCUGAGCCCCGAGGAACUGCUUCAAGUGCUGCGGGAAGUGCUGAUCAGGAUACAAGGUGAAAACGUCGACGUCGAUGUCAGGAACGAAACACCCGAGGAGAUGUCCGUUCAUAUCCUAUCCGUUCUUCGCGUCCUCAAUUAUCCGCCGCAGAGCGAUCCGUCGACCUUCAGGCAGGGAUUGAUUCGAGGAGAUCCCGAGACCGUUCAUCCCAUCUUGAUCUGGCUACUGUCUAACGUGGAGACGGUCAAGAAGAGAGCCUACCUGUCCCGAUUCCUGGUGAAGAUGGACGUUCCCGGCGAGUAUUUGAGCGAUCCGGAGGUCUCCGCUUUGUACGAACAGUACACGGGUCUGAUCGAUCGAUUCAAAACGGUGCACAAGGAGAGGGAGUUAGGGUGGAAGACGUCUGAGAAUGCCAGCGAGUUGACCGCGGAUAUCAAAACCAUGGAAAAGGAGAAAGAAGCGGUGGCCGUGCGCAUCGAAAAAAUGCGAACGAAAGCGGAGGCAGGGAUUCACCUGUUGGACGCUGCCCACGCGUUUCGGAUCGAGAAGGACAAGGAGCGUGAUCUCGCGUUGCAAGAGGAACAAGAGAAGGAGAUAAUAUCGAGGCUGCAAGCGAACUUGCAACGAUUGGAAAGGGAAUUGCAAACGUUGAAGAAAGACGAGAACGAAGUCACGGCUCAGACGUUGCUGCAACGUUUGUCCGAGACGAUCACCGUACAGACCAUCGUCACGAACGAGAAGCUGCCAGCGGAGAUACACGCGAAGAAGAAUCGCAUGAAGGCUCUGAACGCGGUGAAACAGUACGCGUAUUUGGGUCCGGACCAAAUAACGAGUCUGAGAAAUAAAUUGGAUGCGAUAGCCAAGGAGAUCCAGGGUUUAGUGGAGCUGAAGAUAUCGAAGAGCAACAUCGACAAGAUCGAACCCUUCCGUCAACAAGCAGCCGCGGUCGCGAAUAUCAAACGAAAUGUGUUGGAGAAACUCGAGAAGAUCGAGAGCUCGUUGCGCGAAUUGGAAACGAAACUGGAAGAGAAGCGCGAGUCGUCCAAGUUAGUAGUCGAAGACGUUAUCCCCAGAGGCGAGGAGUUGAAGAAAUAUAUAAAUCGAUUGAAGACCAGGGGAACGCUUUACAAACACUGUAAAUCAGAGUUGGCGUGGCUGAACGCGGAGAACAGCGUGUUGCAUCGGACGGCAGCGAUCUUGGAGAAUCAAUACAACCAGUACAACCAAGCGAAGGAAAGAUUCGAAACGGUGAAGAAGAAUACUUCGGAUGACUUUACGGAGGACAACGCGUCUUCGAUGAAUCUACAGCUGUCUCGAGAUGUGUCCGGCUUCAGAGCAAGACUGGUCCCUAUGGUAAACGAACUGCAAGCGUUGAGGGAAAAGUAUCGUGAAUUCGAGCAACGGCAGCAGACAGCGAGAAAGGCCAGAGGCGAAGUAGAAUCGAGUAUGAACUUGUCGAUCAACGAUCUGCAGUCCGAACUGGAGAGUAGAAGAGCGAAAAUAGCCAAGGACGCGGAGGAGAAGGAGAGAUUGGAGAAGCUUAUUACCAAAAUGAAGACCACGGAAGAGAGAAUAAAACGCGAUACGGAGGAUCCGACGAUCUCUGAUCCCGGUAAGAGGAUAAAGGAGGAGUUGAAUUCCGCUAUACAGGCAGAGGAGACAACGAUAAAGGAACUGACGACGGAGAAAGAACGAUUGAAAGAGACCAUCGGUGUAAAUGAAAAGCAAACACAGAUGUGGAACGACCUGUUGACAGUGUUCAAAUGUAAAAUAAAAUGCGCCGAGGAGAGCAAACAGUCGAACGGGAUCGUCGUGCGACAGGGAGGAGCGGAAACGUUGGUGUUGCAGUAGAAAUUGGGAACAGGUAGAUACGAAACGAGUUUGAGUCAAAGGAAUUUUUAUUUUCAAACUUCGACAGCGUAAAAAAUACAAUUUAAAUAUACAUACACGCUGAAUCCAGUUUUAAUUUAAAGUUCCAAUUAAAAUUGUUCACAAAAAAAAUACGCUGCUCUUCUUCUUUUUAAGUGUUUGAAUGUCAGCUUUACGGGGCCUUUUAUUAACUUACAGACAGGGCCGGUAUUCAGAGUCGUUGUUUAUUCUUAAGAUCGUCUCGAGCAUUUGCUAUCCCUGUCUAGCCUAUGUUUCUAGUCCCUGUCUUCUGCAGAAAACUUGACCAAAUGCUUAAGGCGAUCUUGAAUUUAAGUAACGACUCUGAAUGCCGACUCGGAAUAUCCAGAGAGUGUAUUCUAUAUCUAUAGUAGUAUACGUACAGUAUAGUAUCACAUUUCUACGAGUGUUUCAUACCAGAAAUACAUCAUGGAUUCUUAAAUGUAUUUCACGACUCACGAGUCCGUAUUAUGCUACACUUGUAUACGCUCUUGUAAUAAAAUAGAUUGAAUAGCA